AUGUCACUCAUCAGUAGUAAUACCGACAAGCCAGUCUCAGUAUUUUCGUUCCGACAAUGGAUUGGCUUUGCCUUGCUCGGAUUGGCUUCGGGUGCCCUUCACCAGCAUCAUCAUCAUGAAUCGAAAUCUUCUUCCUCCCUUUUGGAGACUAUUGCAUUGCUGAUUAGUAAAAGUACCAGCAAUCUCGUCGUACUGGAAUCAUCAUCAUCGUCAUCGUCAUCAUCAUCGUCAUCGUCAUCGUCAUCAUCAUUGUCAAUUACUGCCACUACUGCCACAACUACUACUACAGACAACAACGACACAACAACAACGAAUAAUACUAAAAUUGAACCAUUGACAAUUGCCGAUGGAAGCAACCUCAUUCCCUUUCCAAAAGAUGACAAACGAUUGCUCCGUGCCCCGCACAAUUCCGCCUUGUCGCCGCACUACGGAUUGCACAAGGCAACGUUAUUAAGAAAGAAAACCAUGGUUCCAGAGAUUCCAGGAAAGGUUUGUCCCGUCGUUACCUUUACCUUUCGUUUGGACGGUCAUGAUCCUGACCUUGUCAUGUCGGAUCAUGUGGACAUUCAUUUGGGACAGACCAUCAAGUUGUACUUGGAAGAAAAGGGUAGUAGUAGUACUAGUACUAGUACUAGUACUAGUAGUAGUACUAGUACUACUACUAGUACUACUACUACUAAUAAUAAUGAUGAUGAUGAUGGACGAAGUGUAACAACAAACUGGACCUUCAAGUCGUAUUCUCCCACCGACGUGAGCCGACCAGGAGAAAUUGAUUUCACCAUUAAACUUUAUCCAAAUGGACAAAACGCAAAAAUGCUACAAGCGUUGCAAGUGGGAAUCGAUCAUGUCUACUUGGGCGGACCUUGGAAGGUCAAGGAACGAUUACCAGCAUCACAUGCCUACUUAGUUGCCUUUGGGAUUGGUAUUACAGAUGUCUUUCAAGUGGCCAAGUCCUUAAUUGCAGAUGGAAUUCCCACAACACUUUUAUAUGCCAAUCGAUACCGAGAAGAUGUUUGUUACCGGGAGGAACUGGAUGCAAUGAUGGAGCAGAAUAACUCUUUGUUUCAAGUCAAAUACAUGUAUUCACGAGAGACAAAAACCUUGUCGCCCAACGAAUUUUUGGGUCGAGUGGAUUCGGCACAAACCAUUCAACAAGUAUUGGGGCUGGAAGAACGAAACCAGGACAGUGUCGAGGACACGGAUACGGAUGCGGAACCAAGCACGGCGUCCACCACCACGGAACUACCAUCACCCAACAGUGCAUCACCUCCAAUACGACUAUUGGUCAUUGGGUCCAAACCCAUGAUGAAACAGACAUGGAAAUUCUUGAAAGAGGAAUUGAGAUAUCCUCGUGAGGAAUAUGAGCUUCUUCAAGAAGUUGUAUAG